UUCCGUAUAAUCCGUAUAGAAGAAAAGUAAUGGCGGACGUGUUGUUACUUUAGAAAGCUUAGUGUAUUUUGAAAUAACUGUAUAAAUUUGCCUCACAAGUGUUCUUAUAUUUUUUAAAUACUAUAGAUCAUACUUUAGUGCGAACAUAAAAAAUACAAUAGUCGAACUUAAACAGUCAAGAGACAUUUGCACGAUAAUGGCUUUUCGUCUUCUUGUCUGAAGUUUUAACUUACCUUCCCUACUCUUAUAUCUUAAGAUAAUGAAGAAAUAUUUGAAAAUCCACAACUCAAAAAAUUGCAUAUAAGUCUAAAGCACCAAAAUGAAGAUUGAUAGAGGACGGAUCAAGAAAAGCACCAUUGAAGUUCCUUCAGAGUGCAAAGCCUUGAUUGACAAGUUAAGAUCAUGCUCUCGGCGAGAAAUACUGGAGGAACUUAAAAAGAUUGAUACUUGGACUUUUGGAAAGUGUGAACUUUAUCAUUGGAUAGAUAUCUUAGAUCUGUGUGACUCAAUAUUGGAAAGUGCAACCACACGUGUGUCCCCCAAGAGCUGGCAGAUAGCGUGCGAUUUACCAGAAAAUCAUGAGUCCAAAGAACUUCUGCUGUGGGUGUUGCACUUCACUACGCUGCUCAUCGAACACUCUUUCUCACGUCACCUGUACAAUUCCGUGGAACAUCUGCUGACAUUGCUGAGUUCCUGCGACCUCAAUGUCGUUCUCGGAGUUCUCAAUCUGCUUUACAUGUUCUCCAAGAGGAGCAACUUCAUAACCCGAAUAAACCCUGAGAUGCGCAUAGCUUUACUGAAAUGUCUCACCUAUCUUGCAGAGAGUUGGGGAGGUCGCGAGAAUGGCUUUGGACUUGCUGAUUGUGUCCGGGAAGAUGCACAUGUACCGCUCACGGCAACUACCCUGCAUUACGAGUUUUACACUGAGGAUCAAGGAGCAAUGAGCCAGGCAUCCUGUAUCCAUUUAGACAACGUUGACCAAAUAAACAAGUUGCCUUCGGAGAUCAUGGACGGACUCAUAGAAACAUUUAAUGUUCCAAAAGAUGGACACAUGCUGCUGUUCACCCACCUACGCCUCGCCCACAGCUUCUCUGACCACGGGCUGAGACUGAAGUGUGUGCAGGCACGACUGCAAGCGUUGUCUGUUCUCCUAUACUCCAACUCAGACGCACAUGGUUUGCUCUACCCGGGCCUACUCGACGAACUGGUCCAACUUCUUGAACUGGACAACCCAGGACUUGUGGAGAUUCGAUCUGCUGCCCUCAGGACUCUGACCUCCAUCAUCCAUCUGGACCGCAGUCCACAUCUACCCAAACAAAUACCGGACUUCAUAUGUCCGGCAUUAAAUUUGCGGUUUCAACGUUUGCCAUCCAUAAAGCCGGGGUCUCGACUGAACAUGAUCAUCGACGUGACAGGAGCUGGGCUCUACCACGGGUUUUUGCCGCAGCUGGUUCGUAGCUGUAUCACUUCACUGACCAGUGAGAACAAGGAAGGAGAGGAGGACCAGUUCCCGCUACCCUUGGCCACUGCACUGUUCAGCUUCUUAUACCAUCUGGCCAGCUACGAGGCUGGUGGAGAAGCCCUUGUCAGCUGUGGUAUGAUGGAGAGUUUGUUGCGAGUUAUCAACUGGCCUGGAGUUGAGUUAGAACACAUUACAUUUGUAACUCGAGCUGUGAGAGUUAUUGAUCUUAUCACAAACAUUGAUAUGCAGUCUUUCCAGAGCCACGGUGGCCUCAACAGUUUCAUUAACAGACUCCAGAUGGAAAUUGCCAUAUGUAGGCAAGAGAAGCCUUUCGAAAUACAGGUGCCUUGUCAGCGUCCUAGAUCUGACUCUAACGUAGAAGGGGACUCAUCGCCUCCCCCCAAUACCUCAGAUGCGGCCGAGCUGGACGAGGAGAUGGUCAGAAUAGCCAACUCUGUAGACAGAGUAGCUGUUGAUAGUGACUCCUGUUCCUGCUCCAAAGAUCAAAUGCCUGAACCAACCCUUGAUAAAAGCCAAAUACCAUAUGAUAUUUACGGAAAAUCAAGACAUUGUCUUCCUCAGAGAGCAGCCCUACUUAAGUCUAUGCUGAAUUUCCUCAAGAAAGCUCUUCAGGACCCAGCAUUCACUGAUAGCAUUCGCCAUGUUAUGGACGGGUCGCUGCCUAGUUCAUUGAAGCACAUCAUCAGCAACUGUGAGUACUACGGGCCUAGUCUCUUCCUCCUAGCUACUGACGUUGUGGCUGUCUACGUGUUCCAAGAACCUGCCUUGUUGUCCUCCCUACAGGAUGUUGGCAUCACAGAAGUUGUCCUGCAUGCCCUCCUUAUAAAACAUGUUCCUGCCACUAGAGAAGUACUGGGCUCUGUACCGAAUGUGUUCAGUGCACUUUGCUUGAACCCAAGGGGUCUUCAAUCUUUUAUUCGAUACAAGCCGUUUGAAAAACUAUUUAAAGUGCUGUUGUCACCUAAUUACCUGUCGGCCAUGAGACGAAGACGAAGCUCUGAUCCAAUCGGAGACACUGCCUCUAACCUUGGCAAUGCGAUGGAUGAACUGAUGCGUCACCAACCAACUCUUAAAUCGGAUGCUAUUGCUGCUAUUAUAAAGCUCCUCCAAGAUCUGUGUCAGCUGGGCCGAGACCCCAGGUAUGUUUGCUGGAAGCCACAGAAAGGCAACAAUAACGAGUCCCCCCAUCCUGCCCCUCGUGUGUCUAAUGAAGCAGGAAGUAGUGAUGAAGAGGAAGAGGAUGAGGAGGAAGCAAGUACCUCCUCCCAUCCUCAACCAGCUCCUGAAACCACUCCUACCACAGCAUUUAGCGAGAAAACACCAAUCGCUCUAGUAGACUACAUACUUAAUGUGAUGAAAUUUGUUGAUGCCAUUUUAAGCAACAAUUCCACCGAUGACCACUGUAGGGAGUUUGUUGCCCAGAAUGGCCUGGUCCCACUACUGUCCAUCCUCGGACUACCUAACCUCCCUGUGGAUUAUCCUAUCACACCAGCUGCCCAAGCCGUGGCCUCAGUGUGCAAAUCUGUAUUGAACUUAGCUCACGAACCUCAAGUGAUAAAGCAAGGCUUAGCCCAGCUCAAAGAAGUUUUGGAGAGGUUGGAGCCUCUUUGUAAUAAAAGCAACCACCAUUACAAAGGGUCCAUUCUGCUGGAGGAACUGGCCAAAGCUCCUUGUAUGGACACUGCUUUCUCCACACCUUCAGCCACGCCUUUACUGCACGCUAUGGCUGCUGUUCACGGUUACGUCAUUAUGUUCGUCCAUGUCUGCCGAACUGGACAGGUUGACAUUCGUCAAAUUUCCAUGACAGCUUGGGGUACUGAGCCUGGGGUUAGUGUGUUGAGAACUCUUGCGGAUCUGUACACAGCCCUUGUAUGGGAAAGCACUGUUUUGCUGGCACUUUGUAGCGAGGACACCAGCCGAGAGUUUACCAGAGAAGACAUCUCAAAAAUAUACCCUGCCUCCAUGAUGAGAUUGCAGGCCGAGUCCAUGGAAGUGUCUACCGAAGGCCAAGACUUGGGAAUGGAGGUAGAUGAAGACAAGUUUAAGUGCUCGGAAGAAGAAAAGAUCAACAAGAUUAACAGCAAACCUUCCCCUCUAAUACCACAAAACAUCAAACUCAAAUACAUCAAACCUCUGCUUGGGGCUUCCUCACGUCUAGGAAGAGCUUUAGCCGAACUAUUUGGUCUACUGGUCAAGCUAUGUGUUGGAUUUCCAAUGAGAGCAAGACGAGGCAAUCAGUUGGCCAAUACCACCAGUAUUACCCCUUGGUCCCACUCAGUUUCAGCUGCUCUGGCAAAACUUCUCUCUCAGGGCCUUAACCACCAAAACCUGCCUAACUCUUCUAUCCCCAAGUUCAAGUUGACAUACUUGAUUUGUUCUGUGGGAUUCACACAGCCAAUGCUUUUUGAUGAAAAACGGUAUCCAUACCACCUUAUGCUGAUGCAGUUUGUGCAACACGGUGGCCUUGUGGCUUUCUUCGAGACUUUCAAAUGGGCACUGAACGGAGGAGACAAGUUUCCAGCUGAGAUGGAUCUUAAUAACACCACACUACCUGAGGGAACUGGAGAAUUUCUUGACGCGUGGCUCCUUCUAUUAGAGAAAAUGGUCAAUCCUAAGGCCAUACUAGAGACAACGCAUACACUGCCAUCUAAAUCUCCUAACAACAGUUUUAAAACUACAAGUUUUGAUCCCUACAAGUAUUUGCAACGAAUCACUAAGAUGGCCUUUGAUGCCUUGUCAUUUUUGUGGGGUCGCAGACCAUUACCCACGUAUGGAGCACGGAUGACUGAAACAAUGCUCACCAUUUAUCGUCAUAUCAUUCGUGGAGGGGAAAUGAUUGAGGAGCGAAAGCAGAAGGAGAAUAACGAGCCUCCUGUUCUCGUAAACUCAGCCACUGGAGAAAGCAGACGCAACACCAGUGGUAGGGAGAGGCCCGAAGUAAAUUCUGUUGAACUGAGCCAACUAAUGGAUAUGGGCUUCUCCCGGGAACACUGCUACGAGGCUCUCAUACUUACCUCAACUCUAGAACAUGCAACCGACUACCUACUGAACAACUUUUUCCCACAUAAUGUACAACCCCCUCAAGUCUUGGAAGAAGAACCAGAAGAAGAAGAGGUAUUUUUGCCCAAAGAAGCUUUAGACGAAUUUUCAAAUCAAGUUCUCAAAGUAUGCCUGGAGUACAUUGAAAGACUGCCAGAAACAGUAUACAAAGUUUGUGAUCUGUUAACGAUAAUUAUCAGGAGAAAUGGAGAAACGUACUGCAACAAACUACUAAACACACUAGCCACGGAGACGAUACAGAACAUUGGCCAGCUGAUAGAUGAGAUUGACACUGCAAAGAGACAUCUUGAUAUUAGUGAAAGUGGCAAAGUCAAUGUUAGUGUUAGUGACAUUGUUCUUAACUCAGUUCCCUCAACUCGAAUCGCUGGAAACUUACAUCUCUUCAUGCUACUUUUUGAGGAGAUCAAGGUGCCGUGUGCUAAGGUAGUGCACUCUUCUAACCUGCUGAAGACACUGGUGAAGCUGCUUAUGAAAGUGACAGAGGUGAUGGAGGAGGAUGCACCAACCCCCAAGUGGAUGGCUCCCUCGUUGCUCCUCAUAGAUCUGCUAGAGAAAGUGUCAGUCUGUGUCAACAGAAAAGUCAACAUGCACAAGGUGACGACACAGGUCUGGAAAUGGCUUGACUUAGCCUCAGGUAGAUGGUCCUUGUACUUACCUCAGAACAACAAGUUGAUCAAUGAAGCGUACUGGCGAGGCGAUCGAGACGUCACCAUCAGUAGUGGUCGCAGACGCUACACAAUCGCCUUUGCAAACAUGUGCCAGAUCAACGAUGACUCUGGAAAGGCUCGUCCUGUUAUGAUGACCUUGAUUGAUCCUAACGAUCCUACAGCGAGAAGCAACUAUGAUAACCAACCUGUAGACCUGCCCCCCUUCGUCUCCGCACCGCCAAUGCCUGAAGAUAAAGACCCUAAUGACACGGUCGAGUCCUUGUCAGAAGUUGAAUACUACGUUGACUUCUUCCAUCGUCGUGUGGGCCUACAGCCCAUUGCUGGUGUGACCCCAGAAGAUAUUCAAAUAAUUCUUAGGUGUUGCAUGGAGCUGAUCUCUAAGCCUGUGGACCCAGAUACCCUCCACGCAGUCAUGCAGGUUUGCGUUCGGUUCACUAGAGAUUACGAAAAUGCUCGGCUCAUCGCAGAUAUGAAUGCUGUUCAACGAUUGCUUCAGCUGAGACAAGUUUCCUCCUUCACUGGCUUUGUUGGGCUCUCUACUAUGUUAAUCCGCCAUGUUCUUGAAGAGCCUGCUAACAUCACUGCUGCCAUUGAACGAGUCAUUCGCUUCAAAACCUUGCCCAAUAUACCACCCACUUUCAAAGAGCUGCACUAUAUACUGCGGGAGUGCGCGCCUGCAAUAUGUCGAGAUCCGGAGAUCUUUAAGUCUGUUGCCAAGGAGAUCAUGAGAGUAGACGUAUCUGUACUCAACAAAAGAGGUGAAGAGGAUGAUCCAAGACUACUCAUGAAGUGUUUACCAUCAGAAAAUCAAAAGAACAACAGAGAAGCGGAUCACCUUGUGAAGAAUACCAUAACUCAGCUCUUGAACUUCCUAGUGGAAGCAAGACAGGAAGAGAUUGGAAUCAACGAUAUCAUUUAUGAUGAUGAUCAGUCUUUUGAUGGAACACUGCCACCACCAGGUGGCCAACCUGCAGACACUUUACAUUUUGAUGAGAAUAUCAGCUCUUGCUCCACGGCGAGAAAUGACAGAGACGACAUUGACUUGGAUACAUUUAAUGCUUCCAAUCUGCCUAUGUACAUAGCAGCAUCUGGACCAAUCUCCAGCUCAGGGGUCAAUAAGAAGAGCACAAAUAAUGGGCAGCAAAAAGAACAGAAAGUGGAUAACCUCUAUGAAAGAAAAAAGAAGUUACCACUUCUUCUCAUUUCCUACGUUCUGAAGAUCUUGGGCGAUGCAGUUCGUUCGUAUACUUGUAUUGCAAAAAUGAUUACUGACCACAAGUACUCAACAAAGCAAGCAGAGAUUCUGAAAGAGGAUUGCUCUGCUGUCGCCUUUGUUUUGGACAAUCUGAUGCCUUAUAGAGAACUGAACAUACAAUUAGACCCUGAUAGACCCAACAUGGCUCGUAACCUGAUAGCUGCUCUGGCAUCUUGUAAUCAUUCACCUGAAGCUCAAUGUGCUCUUGUUUCUGAGGUGAAAGCAGCUCUGCAGAGAGCACUAGCCUGGCCGGAGUCCUCCAAGAAGCAUGUUCACAUCCAAGACCUAGUAGGAGUGGUAACUACUAUGAUAGACAACUGUCCUCCUGUGCCAAUCAGUAGUACACCACUGAGUCCAGCACUCAAACUCAACCAAUAUAGUGUUAACAACAUGGUGAGGUUCAUGAUGCGCAAGGGCAUUGUAACAGACCUAGCCCGCAUACCACACAGUCUAGACUUGUCAAGCCCCAAGAUGGCAACAACUAUCAAUGCUUCUUUGAAGCCCCUGGAGACUCUGAGCCGUAUCAUGGGUCAACCCUCAGCAGGGCCUACCCCCAGCAAGACUAAACCUAAGGGUUCUACGGCCACUGCUACUACAGAUGAUCCUGGAAGUACCCUUGCUGCAAGUGCUCAAUCAGAUGGCAACCAGCCCACACAGAUGGACCAAUCAGGGAGUGCCCCGAAUGUAGAAGAAGACCACACCGAUAUGAUAGAAGACCAUCCUACCCUCAAUGAAGUAAUGAACAGUGUAGUUGAGAGGGUAAAUGAAAUGGAAGACCUCAUGCAAGAUGUCAUCGAACGCAGAAGGAUGCCCAACCUUAAUAAUUCUAGGCGCAACAGACGUUCUCGAGGGCAGAGACGAGUAAUCAGUGAACUUUCCAGAUUUACUCAAAUGUUGACCAAUGAUUUGAGCUUUGCCACAACUGAAGAGACGAGCCAAGACAGCAGCAGUGAAGAGUCGGAAUUCAACCCGACAGAUGAGGAUAGACAUAUGGAAGACGCUGCCACAGACAUUGAUGACCAUGUAGAAGACGACGACGAUGACGAUGAUGAAGAAGAGGAGGAUGAUGAUGACGAUGAAGAUGACGAUGACGACGAUGAUGAUGAGCAAGAAGGAGAGGAAAACGAAGGAGAGGAAAGCAACGGUGGCUAUGAUGAAGAUGGUUUGGAGUUGUUUGAGCCUGAUGAAGGUUUAUUCCGUAUCCCUGGGCUUGACAGAGAUUCUGACGAUUUUCUCAUGAUUGAGUAUUCUGAACCCGAUCCCUCAGCUUCUGUAGGUCAACUGUGGUCGCGUGACAACUUCUUACCCUUCACUCUUUUUGAAGAAGGCAACAAUGCAUCAGACAAUACAGGCUCUCGCAGUGUGAUCCCUGCACAGCAUCCUCUGAUGGCUCGUAAUGUCGACAACCAACCCACCACCUCAUCUACUAACCGCACCCAGCGUAUGAGUCGCACUCGUCGCUACCAAUAUGUCCAGAUGAACCGAGCUGCUGUUGCUGCACCUGUAUUUUUACAGAGGUUGAUGGGUCAAGGAAACACAGAUCCCCCAAAUUAUCUUAACAUCCCAGGCCAUCCUGGCAACACCUACGGAGAGAUGAUAGCUUCCACCUUUCCCAACACUCGACUAAUCGUAAUGGACAAUGGCCUAGGGAUCCUUACCAAUGCCGAGGAGGAGCAAAUCAAUUUUGUGGAUCAGUCUGGAUAUCUGUUGGGGCCCAGCUUGGCCGCAACCCUCAACAAUGUGCCCACAUCAAUGUAUUGGUGGAAUGAGGAACUUAAAUUGCUCGACCGGGACUCCAUUUGUGACUGUGCUAUCUGUGUUGGAUUUGAACUGGUUCCAAUAUUUGAACGCUACCGCAAUGAAGAGUUUGCUGAAAGAAAAGAAAAGCGCAAAAAGAUGGAUGAAGAAGAAGACAACAAUAAAAAAACUAAUACCACUAACGGGGAAACAGAGAAGAAGAAACUGUAUGAUGGUAUAAUGGAUAUGUUUGACUCACCGCGUCCACCAGCCAGAUUGCCUACGCGGCGCAUUGCUAUGUUGGCUGCAGCACAGGAGGUAGCACAUGCUACGGAGAGCCUGGCUGGCUCCAUUGUAGAGUCAGUGUUACAUCCACGUGUUGUCCAAUCUCAAAACACUCGACCUCUCCCAAUACAACCUCCAGCCGGACCCUCGUCUCCACAAGAGCCUCCUGAUACUCAGCACAAUACAGAAGAUCAGGAACACAACGACCUACUUGUUGUGCCAUUCGUCCACCGCCGACCUCAGGCAUCCAGCAUUCCUGAAGCAGUUGAGCUCAUCCCUGUAACUCCUCCCGCGUCAGAAAUAUCAGAUCCAAUGGGAUUGAUUCCGGGCAGUGUUCCAUACCCCCCACCUAGUGACCCCGAAGAUGGAUUCUUCCGUGUCAACCCAACUUUUAUCAACCAAACCGAGAACAACAGCGGGUCUGUAAAUAGUGAGAUUACGGAUGAAUCACAGUCACAAGUGAGUGUGGAAAACAGUGAUCCCAGGAAUUACGAUGGAAGUGGACAGGAACAGAGACCUCUUGGGUCGUUGCCAGUUGAUAUGAGCCCAUCAAACAACCCCCAGUCCCUCUUUGUUGACUCACCAACAGGUUUGCCUUCCUCCACUCAAUCGUCCAACAACAGUGCUCAGUCGUUGUUUGUACUAACACAACCCGAUGAGACCCAAGAGGCUCGAUUGCCUUCAUCUCAAUCAAGUUCAGACCCCUUUUUCCCACUGACACAGCGUCUCCCGCUAGAACAAGAGAUGCAAAUUUCAUCAAAUCAACCGUCACAGAGCAGUGAAGGGUCUUUGUUUGUUUUAUCUCAACCGAGUACAACUGGUGAAAUACAAAUUCCGUUCAGUCAGACGUCACAAGGCAUUGGAGAUUCUGAAACCUCGUCAGCCAUCUCAAACCAAAAUGACGAAGGGCUCGAAAUUGAAACUAGUCAUUGUUCCCAAAAUUCUCAGUUAUCUGUUGACAUGUUUGCCCCUAAUCAGCCCUCGCAAGAUGGUUCACAAUCUUCUGUAGAUAUAAGUGACCUGCCAACCCAACCGAAUUUGGCGCUGCUGAACCGUCCACCCCCCAAUAAUACUCUAGAAAUCCAAAAUCGCCAACCACCGUCUAUUCACAGUUCACAAUCAUCGGUAGACUUCCAUGAUUUACCAACUCAGCCAAACAUGGCUCUGAUCAACCGUACAGCUCAAAACUUGGAUAUGGCUAACAUUCAAGCGAUCCAGAAUAGUUCUCAAGAUUUAGCUGCACAACCCAACAGAUUUCUAGAAAUCCGCAUGUCAGCUGAUUGGUUGCAGACAGUCGAAGGGCAAGGUAUUCCGAUCGAAGAGGAUAGGCUAGACAACCAAGCCUUUAGCCAACAACUUGCGCAAUCAGUCCAACCUGAAAUUCAGCGUCAACUAUCAGUUCAGAAUGUGGAAAGAUCAGAGUACAUUCCCCCACCACCCCCUCCGUUGCCUGUCAGUGCAGCUCUCACUGUUGAGCCUUCUCAAUCAUCCAUGUCGUCCAACAGCUCAAUAAUCCCUGAAGAAUUACCCGAAGGUGUGGAUCCAUCAUUCCUAGCAGCUCUUCCUGAAGACAUGAGAGCUGAAGUUAUUUCUGAACAUCUGAGGCUACAGCGACUGCAGAAUCGAGUGCAGCAGAUCUCCUCUCAGAGCAGUGCAGGUUCUGAGGAUACGUUGAGCACACCUGGACCAAGUGGCAUGGAAGUGAACGCAGACUUUCUGGCGGCUUUGCCCCCUGCUAUACAGGAGGAGGUACUAGCUCAACAGAGACUUGAACAACAACGCCAAGCUGCCGCUGCAGCCAACCCUAAUGAACCAGUGGAUGCUGCUGCAUUCUUCCAAGAUCUACCUCAUGCCCUCCGACAAUCUAUACUGACUGACAUUGAAGAGUCCCAGAUCUCCGUGCUGCCCCCAGAGUUGGCUGCCGAGGCCCAGAACCUGCGCAGGGAGUGGGAAGCUCGCAACCGACAGCUCAUGCAGGAGAGGUUCCUGUCUCACGUCACACACAGUACAAGUGCCUUGUCCUCCAUACUGCGCCACACCAGCACACCUCGUAAUCUCCGGCGACCCACUGGUCCCAGAUAUACCAUUCAAAAUAUGGGGCCAGGAAACAGAACACAUUGGUUGAGUUCUUGGAACUUGGGUGCCCGGUUGCUGGACUCAACCCAAUCAGGCUCGCAGACUGGCAACUUAACAGGUGCUAACCUGGCUUCUGCUAGCGGUAUCAUCGGCAGACCAAAAGGCAGACAGGUUUUGGACUAUGAGAGUAUUUGCUGCUUGCUCGUCCUUCUGUUUGUCGACGACGUUAGGAUCAACACUGCUAGACUCCAUCGGGUAUUCCGAAACCUGUGCUACCAUCCUCCUACCCGAGAAUGGGUUAUUCGGGCUAUCCUAUCAAUAAUGGAGAAAAGCAAUGAAGGCCAGUCACCAGUAGGAGAAGCCAGCUCUGCUGCUGUUACAUCCAAUCGUAGAGUCACCCGCAGUCAGUCUCAAGCUAGCCCUGAACACUUGACAAGCGCUCCUGCCCCUACACCUUCCUCUACACCUGCUGCUUCCACAAGCUCUGGUACCGGCCGGUCAGGUUCCUCUUGGCUCAAUAUCAGUAUGGAUGCCGCUCUCGGUUGUAGAGCCACUGUCUUUCAUGUACAUAAAAACCCUGGCCGUCGCAACGAUCGUACCAUCACAAUAAACCCUCAAGCAGCACCGUUUGUAUAUAGGCACGCUUUAGAUAUACUGAUCUCACUAGCCAAAAUCUUUCCAAGUCACUUUGUACCCGGUAAACCUCCGACCACGUCUAGUUCAGGCAAUGCUGGUCCCUCCUCAGUAACUGCCUCACCUCCCAAAGCUGCUAAGAGCCCUCGGACUGACAACUCUCCCAACUUCUGGGACAUGCUUAUUCGCCUUGACUCUCUGAGUACCUCCAAAAAGGGCAAGGCGGUGCCGCGACAGAGUGUGUCGGCGCCCUUGGACUCGGAAAGCUUGAGUCUGGAUUGUUCUCCAUUCGGACAAUUGCUCAAGAUGCUGGAGUCACCAGUGGUACACAGAAGCCCAUUGCUGAUGGACAAGCUACUUAGGUUGUUGUCCCUCAUCUCCAUCAGUCUGCAGAUCCAUCGGCAGCGUCUCUGGGAUCGGUUGGGAGUGCAAGUGGAGGUAAACUCUAACACCUUGCACCAUCUUGGACUGGCUAUUGACGUGCUCACGUCCAACUGUUGCUCAGAUGAAGGACUAGAGGAUGCUAAAGGUCUCCUGCUCAACAUGACCAUCAAUCUUCCCAACACCAGGGAAAGUGUGAUGAAUUUAUUGUUGAGUGGUGCUCGUCAGAUGGCAUCAAUGGUCUGUGUUCACAUCGAGCAGAUGCUUCAGGAGUUGCGAGUUUUGAACAAGCAACAUGCUCAAAACGAAGAUCUAGAUGAUAGCUCAGUAGAGAGUAGAAUAACCAGCCUCAAAGGCAUACUUAGCAAUAGGUUUACCAAAGACACAGUUGUUGUUACUGCACCUAAGAAGGUUAAGGCAGGAUUGGAUCUCCAAUUGAAUUCAAUGGCACCACUCAUUUCUAAAACAUCCAGCCAAGCAUUCUUCCUACGUAUCCUCAAAGUGAUAGUACAGUUAAGAGAAUCCGUCCGUAACCAUGAUAGGAAGAAACGAAAAGCUGCUGAAGCCCAACAGAGUGAGCAAGCCACACUUCAGCCUGAUUCUGAGGGUACAGAAUCGGCACCCUCUACACAGCCCAGCACCAGCUCGUCGGCUAACACUGGAGACACGGCUAUGGACACAACACAGGCAGGAGGUGAAACUAACAACCAACAAACCACUACUGCUAUGGACACCAGUCAGUGGCGACCCACGUCUCCAACCCAUCCACCACCACCUCACGCGCAGAGGCUCGAUCCUCACACUGCUAGAAUGUUGUCCAGAAUAUUCAGAGCUAAUACUGAGGCCCUGCAAGCUACUAGAGGUGUUCCCCAAUCUCCUACUACCUCAGAAAACGUGGUGGUGAUCAAUAUGUGUGAGGAAGAAACACCUCUACCUCCACUUAGUGAACAGCUUAACCUGGAUAUUCUGUGGAACACUCUCAGUGAAUGUCUCACAGAGUUGCAACACACCAAUGACAGCCAUGCUGUAUUGGUGCUACAGCCUGCUGUUGAAGCGUUUUUCCUGGUACAUGCGAGUGGUAUGGAUAAGACUGACCAAAGGGGAGACACCAGGAAUAGCAGUGAGCAGCCCAUUGUGAUAGAGGAGACGCCCGCCACCUCCCAACAGUCGCAGCAAGGCUUGGGUCUAGACGGACUGACACAAGCCCCUCCACCAGUUUCCCCCCUCCCCACUGAGCCUACCAAUGACCCUUCUUCGUCUCAGGCGUACAACUACUUCCCGACGACUCAAUCUUCACAAGAGUCUGGCCCACCUGUCCCUCCGCAUCAACUCAAGUUCCUCAAGUUCGCAGAAACACACAGGACUGUGCUUAACCAGAUCCUACGACAGACGACUACACCACUGCUUGAGGGACCCUUCGCAGUUCUCGUCAAUCAUACACGAGUACUUGACUUUGAUGUCAAGCGACGCUACUUCCGUGGAGAGCUCGAACGUGCAGACGAAGGCCAUCGCCGCGAGGAGUUGGCGGUUCACGUUAGAAGGACCCAAGUGUUUGAAGACUCUUUUAGAGAAUUACAUAGAAGGACUCCUGAGGAAUGGAAAAACAGAUUUUACAUAGUUUUUGAAGGUGAAGAGGGACAAGACGCAGGUGGUUUACUUAGAGAAUGGUAUAUGAUAAUAUCUCGUGAGAUCUUCAACCCUAUGUACGCUCUAUUUACCACGUCACCCGGGGACAGAGUUACCUAUAUGAUCAACCCCUCCUCACACUGCAAUCCUAACCAUCUCUGCUACUUCAAGUUUGUUGGCAGAGUUAUCGCUAAAGCAAUCUACGACAACAAAUUGCUAGAAUGCUACUUCACUCGUUCUUUUUACAAACAUAUCUUAGGAAUUCUAGUCAAAUAUACGGACAUGGAGAGUGAAGAUUAUAGUUUCUAUAAGGGUCUGAUCUUCCUCAUGGAGAACCAUGUGGACAUGCUGGGCUAUGAGCUAACAUUCAGUACGGAGGUGCAAGAGUUUGGUGUUACUGACGUCAGAGACCUACUACCAAAUGGUCGUAACAUUAUUGUUACAGAAGACAACAAAAUGGAUUACAUACGACUAGUCUGCCAGAUGAAGAUGACUGGAGCCAUCCGAAAACAGCUAAACUCUUUCUUGGAGGGAUUCUACGACAUAAUCCCCAAGAGGUUGAUCAGCAUAUUCAACGAGCAGGAGCUUGAGCUGUUAAUAUCAGGGCUUCCUAAUGUUGACAUAGAGGACCUGAAGGCAAAUACAGAGUACUACAAGUAUCAGCCAAACUCACUGCAGAUCCAAUGGUUCUGGCGAGCACUGCGGGAGUUUGAUCACGCUGACAGAGCAAAAUUCCUACAAUUUGUCACAGGGACAUCCAAAGUUCCACUUCAAGGGUUUGCUGCCCUUGAAGGCAUGAAUGGUGUUCAAAAGUUCCAGAUCCAUCGUGAUGAACGGUCCACAGAUCGUCUACCCUCAGCCCAUACUUGCUUUAACCAGUUAGAUUUACCUGUCUACGAGACUUAUACGAAGCUAAGGACCUAUCUUUUGAAAGCCAUCCAUGAGUGUUCAGAAGGCUUCGGAUUUGCCUAAACAAGAUCGCAAGUUAGGGUUAAAAUUUGAGACUGAGAAAACAUUUUGGAAAAAAAAUCCUUGCUGAAUUAAUUAUUACUAUUUUGUGCCCAAAAGAGCUUGUUAUAACUUCAGUGAUAGUUACAAUACAAUACAAAUAUUUUUUGUUUAAAGCUUAGCGCCUUGUUUUUUCACCUUCAUUGUUAAUAGUUAAUACUAUCCAUUCAUGUGAUGUUAUUCACUGUCCGUAUUUUUUCUUUGAAUCAUCAUAAUGAAAAUUUGUAAUGUAUUGUUUAUAUAUUGAAGUAAAUAAAGUAAUAAAAACGUUGGAGAUUAAACUUUAAGUGCUCCAUACUGGUUUCCAUGUUACAUCAUUCGCAUUGUUAAGGCAUGAUUGCAACACAUUUCUGUAACAUCGGAAUGUCCAAAUGUCACGAAGUUAGCAUAAUUUGUUUAUUAUAUGUAAAAAGUUACGUUUUGUAUUUUGAUGUUUAUUUGAUUAAUUUAAACUAAUACUUUAUUUUCAUAUGAUUUAAGUAAUUGAAAGUUGUUGACAAACUAUAUAGAAAUUAAAGUUUUUUAAAUGGUG